AUUGCAGAAGGGAUGGCAUACAUAGAAAGAAAAAAUUAUAUUCAUCGAGAUUUGAGAGCAGCGAAUGUUCUGGUUUCGGACUUACUGAUGUGCAAAAUUGCUGAUUUUGGACUAGCGAGAGUCAUUGAAGACAACGAAUAUACAGCAAGGGAAGGUGCAAAAUUCCCUAUUAAAUGGACAGCACCAGAGGCAAUUAACUAUGGAUCUUUCACCAUUAAAUCCGAUGUAUGGUCAUUCGGGAUUCUCCUGUAUGAAAUCGUUACAUAUGGAAAGAUUCCUUAUCCAGGUAUGAGCAAUUCAGAUGUGAUGGUUGCUCUUCAGCGCGGGUACCGAAUGCCACGCAUGGAAACCUGUCCAGCUGAGCUUUACGAUAUCAUGAAAACAUGCUGGAAAGACAAAGCAGAAGAGAGGCCGACAUUUGAUUAUCUACAGAGCGUGCUUGAUGACUUCUACACAGCAACAGAAGGGCAGUAUCAACAACAGCCAUAG